CCUCUGAGUUCAAGUUCAUGCCAUCAGCUCAACAGCUUGAAAGUGUGAGGAGACGGCUUGUAAAUACGUUAUCCAAUCCACUGAUAAAACAGCUCCUGGAUGACCUUUUUGAGGACAAUGUCUUGAAUGAUGGGGAAAAAGACGCAAUACUUGAGGAGAAUCCGAGCAGAGCAGACAGAGCUCGCUGUCUUAUUGACAUAGUGAAGAGGAAAGGAGACGAUGCCAGCAGUAAGCUGAUCGCUCACCUUCAGGAGAGAGAUCCACUGCUUUAUAAUGACCUGGAUUGGCCCCAGCCUCAGUGACUUUGUAGGAGCACAGCUGUGACCACUGUCCACACUCCUCCCAGCUGCCAAGACCCAAUCCCCAGAAGACGUCAACAGUUUAAAUGCUUGUAAUAAAUGAGGUGUUAUAAUAAUCACCACAUUUACCGUUUGUUCUAGACAGACAGACAGAUAGACAGAUAGACAGAUAGAUAGACAGAUAGAU